UGAUAUUUUUUAGGAUAGCAUCAAAUAAUAUAACUUUGAAAACUAGUUUACUAUGUCCGAAAAGAAAGCUGAUAUUAAAAGCUCUGGUGAACCGGCAAAACCAGAAGCAACCAAGGAGCAAGAGAAAGGUGAUUCAAAAGAAGUUACUGUAGAAGAUGAAACUGCUAUCAAACACCCACUGCAAAGCAGAUGGGCACUCUGGUUUUUCAAAAAUGAUAGAAGCAAAAAAUGGGAAGAUAAUUUAAGAUUAGUAACUAAAUUUGACACUGUAGAAGAUUUUUGGGCAAUCUAUAAUCAUAUUCAACUUUCUAGUAAGCUGCAAAGUGGCUGCGACUAUUGUCUAUUCAAGGAUGGGGUGCAGCCUAUGUGGGAAGAUGAAGCAAAUAAAAAUGGUGGACGAUGGUUGUUUCAGUUGAACAAAACACAGAGAUAUCAAGAAUUAGAUAGAAUGUGGCUUGAAACUAUCCUCUGUAUGAUUGGAGAAUCUUUUGAAGCAGAAUCAGAUUUUGUUAAUGGUGCAGUAGUUCAAGUAAGAAACAAGGGAGACAAGAUUGCUGUAUGGACAUCAGAUUGCCAUAGACGUGAUGUGAUUCUUAAAAUAGGAACAAAGUACAAAGAAAGACUACAACUUCCUACUAAAGUCGUUUUAGGAUAUCAGUCACAUCAAGACCUACAGACUAGAACUGGAUCUACUACAAGAAAUCAGUAUUCUUUAUAGUUAAAUUAUUGGUAAAGGGAUAAAAAAGGAAUGAAAAACUGAAUGACAAGCGCCAGAGAAAUGAAAAACUGUAGCCUGAACUCCAUGUUGACGUCGUACAGUAUUUACUACGUUCAGUACUGAGUGUUUCUGGCAUCGUAUUGAACAGUUUUCAGUGGAAAGCUAACCGACAUCCUGACAGAAUUCAUUUUCAAAAAAUGUUGUGUAUCAAUUACAUUGUUUAUAUUUCUGACAUUCAGGAACAAUAAGAGACAUGAACAAAAUUUAUUCUAGGUUGUUGAUUAGUUCAUAUUUCCCACAUUGACUCUAGUUUGAUAAAACGUUGUUUUCAUAUUCCCAAGUCAAAAAAACUCGUAGUACGUCCCACAGAAUAUUUGUGGUAUCAGUUUCAACAGAAAAAAAGCAAUAUUCGUCAAAUACAUUCAUUUAAGGUUUGUUUAUUCAUAUCUAAUAUAGGUAUUGUUGUACUGUACAGCAUGUUACAGUACUCCAUAUUUGUAGGAAAUUUAUUUGAAGUUCAGCUAGGACUCUUUUGUUUGGAGGUUGCAUUUUUGCUUAAUUAAGUUAUUUGACAUUAUGCUGCUAUUUUUGUUUACAUUUGCUGUAUGCAGCUGAGUUAUAUAUUUAUUUCAAUAUAAGUAAUAGUAAAUGAGUUGCCACCUUUUGUAAAUAGUUCUUUAGAACAAGGACAAUGUAAAAAUUAACUUAAUUGAAAUGGAUUUUAUGCUGCUGUGUUAUAUAUUUUUGUUCACCAAGUUGUGUAUGGGCAUAUUCCAGUUGUGGAUUGAUGAAGUAUUCUCAUAGUAUGAUUACCUAAUCUGAUUCCUGCUAGUGACGAUUGGCCACCUAUUACCAUCAUAAUAUUUGCUUUAACCCAAACAAUGAAAUAAUUUGGACCUCAACCAUGCACUGAACACCAGCAUCGGAAUUUUAACAGGCUGGGUUCAGAUUGUUGUGAUAACAAUUCAAAUCAGUGAGAUCGGAAGUUUUGUUCAUAUUUUUUCUUCUAUUGAUGUCUUAUCUAAUGUUAUGACAUUGUACAGUUUGUCUUUGAAUUGAUAUUUGCGCAAUUAAAUUUCGGGUGACUCAAA